GUUACUUCUAAACAAGUACCGCAUUUUGAUGUUAACAAAAACAUAUACUUCAAAAGAUGCAAAGCCCUCUCUCUUCUGAAGGUCCAUCAGAUUCAAAUCCAUUCCCAAUGGCACAAAAGUUGGAAGCGAAAGGCGGAAAUGGAGGCAAAGAAUGGGAUGAUGGAGCCGAUCAUGAGGGUGUAUCAAAGAUUUAUAUACGAGAGGGUAGCGAAGGCAUAGAGUCCAUCAAGUUCGAUUAUGUCAAGAACGGGGAACCUGAAACUGGACCAAUCCAUGGUGGCUUGGGUCAAGAUUUCACUGACUCGUUUGAUCUUAACCAUACCAUUGAUGAGCAUAUCGUAUCUGUUAAGUGUUACUACGACGAGGGUGCGAUACAAGGCCUUGUGGUCAAGACCAACACCAGAACUUCUGCACUCAUGGGGUACAACCUUGGUACCAAGUUUAAACUUCAAGUGAAAGACAAGAAGAUCAUUGGGUUUCAUGGAUCUUCUGAUAAAAACCUAAACUCUCUUGGAGCUUAUUUCGCACCGCUUCCCCCUGCUAAUAUGGAAAUAUAAGAGUUCCAACGAAAAGCUAUAUGUACAAGAUUCAUCAGUUUGAUUUUUAUGUUGCUUUGAAUCUGUACUAAUUGACUUUGUAUCAUCUUCCUUGUUGUUUUGGCGUGCCUUUCACU